AUGCAGUUCCUCAAAUUUUGGCUCUCCAUCCUGGCUUUGGCGGUGUGCGCGCUGGCCGCCGAGCCGCCGAAGGAACUGCAAAUCGCAGUCACCUACUUGCCUGAUGACUGCCCCACAACCGCGACGACUGGGGACGCCAUUAAGGUCCACUACACUGGAACGCUGUUCUCUGACGGUAGCAAGUUUGAUUCAAGUCUCGACCGAGGCCAACCAUUGCCUAUCAAACUCGGUGUGGGUCAGGUAAUCAAAGGAUGGGACGAAGGUCUCCAAGGCAUGUGCCUCAACGAGAAGCGCACCUUGACAAUUCCUUCACACAUGGCCUACGGUUCGCGUGCGAUGGGCAAUAAGAUUCCUGCGAAUUCUGCCUUGGUCUUCGACGUCGAGCUCGUUAGCCUUCAGAAACGCGACGAACUGUAG